AUGUCUAUCCUCAGGGUUGUGUCAGCAGCAAUCCUCCUCGGACUACUCAUCACAGCCCAUUUCGCUUUGAACAAGCAAUCAGAAUGGAAUGGAACAAUCUCAUUGCCGGACGUCAUCACCUUCUCGAACACGACAUUACCCGACACCGAUAUUCCCAUCGAUCUUCCUCGGACAGGCAUUGAUGGGCUCGACAACUACUUCCGCUUCAUGAUGUCUUUCUUCUGGUCGACUUUGGACUCCCGAAAUGUUCGAGCACACUGGCAAGGAAAUCACCUCCUGGGCACGUUGACCAGUAUCUGGAUGUUAAUGCUCUUGGAAGCGCAUCGGAACGACCGGAGUGCGAUAUUUACCUUCGCCACGUAUUUCUUGGAAGUCGUGGGAGAAUUGAUCGGAAUUGGUAUAGCGACUCCACUGUGGUGCAUUGUUCAUCUGCUAGUAACGCUGGCCCCAACGAAGACGAAUGCUACCAAGGUCGUGGGCACAUCAGCUAGGGAUCUGAAAGCAUUAGGAUGGGCGCUAAUUCCCGGUCACGUUGUGCCGACGAUCCUCAUGUCUCAACUCGAGCCGGAUGGAGAAGGAAUCGCAUCGCAGCAGUUCUGGACCAUUGCUCGCCUCUUCCAUCCAGUCUUCGUCUACUUCUUCUACAAACUCUUCGCUAUCACCUCGUCCAAAGAUCGAAGCCCUCUCCGUCCAGCGGUCAAUCGCAGCAUCUACACUUUCAGCAUUCUGGCAUCGGCAUUCUUUCACAUCACCUCUCUGGGAUUCUUACUUGCAUUCCAGAUGUUUCCGGGAUGGCUGAAGCAAGUUGUCGUGAUCGAGCUUGAUCCGAAGACUGUCCUGAUUCCGGUUCCGUUCUGGUCAUCUGAAGUAGUAUCGAAAGUGCCGUUCGCGACGGGCGUUGCAAUCUUCUUGCAAUGGGACUACCUAUGCUCGUCUGCUGCGACUGUCAUUUGGGCGACUUCGCUAUAUCUUGAAUCCACCUCGCUCAGCUUGGGCGACUCUUCUACGUUGGCGACGCUUGGAAAAGCCAUUCUGGUUGCGGUUUUGGCUGGUCCUGGAGCUGCUGCUGCAUUCUUGAUGCAGGAACGAGAUGCAACGCUUGUUGAAGCCUCUACUAUGACAGUAUCUGAGAAGAAAGCGCUGUAG